CCAUCUCCUUAACGUACGAGCGAUGCGCACUCCCGAUUCCUGCGUCGAGUGGGGAUCUGCGUGGAGACAACAAACGUCCUGCCCCACGAUGGCUGCCCACAAAAUGCUCAGUCAGAUGAGGGGCUUGGCUCGUGGCUCCCCGACCCUCUCUCUGCCUCUCCUUCCCACCAAACUCCUGUCCGCCGGACUUUUUUGCGCGCCUCACCCUCAAGCCACUGAUGGAGUCCCCGUCGACGGUUCCUGCUCUCCCAAAGCCCCCUCCCCCUCUUCGAUCCUCCCCCCGGCCAAAUCACUGCUACUCCGAUUCAGGUUUUGCCUGCCAUGUGGGGUAAGGGCGCCGAUCCUGCAUUCACCACACUACGCUUUCUAGGGCUUCCGCCCGCUUGAUUCAGCGAUCGAGCCAGACCCCCUCUUCAUGUAGUAUGAUGCAGCUACGCCAUAGAUCGUCUGACAUGCCUGUGAGUCUCGGGUGCUUUCGUGCAAUCUUCGCCGUUGCCGUGGGGGGGCUGGGAUGUUUACCCACAUGUGAGAUCAAUUGCGCGUCUGGAAGCACCUUCAUGUCCAAUCCACUGUUUCCCAAAGCAAAGACAUUUAUUACUUUGAAGUAUUUGGUCGCCGGAAUGGCCGCACUCAUUGAUAUUUUAUUAAAACGUGCCCUAUUAAUUCACACGCUUUUCAUUCCUCAUCCCUUGUGCUUCCCAAUGCGAACACUGUUUAACACAAAAACGACCGGGCAUUUACAUCCAAGCCCGUCCUCUGCUAUCCAAUACAACCAACCAACACCCAAGCUCAAUACCU